AUGAGUACUGAAAAUAUGAGCUUUGAUCAAUAUUCAUCCGGAACAUCCACAGAAGCAGAUGCUGAAGAUGUUAAAUUUGAUGAUCUAAGCGAUAAUAACUCAUUUGAAUUCAACAAAAUUCAAAUUUUGAAUGAAGAAUUAGCAAGGAAAAACGAAAUGAUUAAUAAAUAUACACAAGGAUAUCCUGAUUACGAAGAACUUCACAUGAAACUACGAGAUUCUGUUUCAAAAUCAAAAGAAUUAGAAAUUCAAAAUGAAAACUUAAAAAUGCGUUUGAAACAAUCACAAAAUCAAGUUAAUGAGUUAAAUUCAUCACUUCAAAAAACAAAAACUGACUACGAAAAUAAAAUAAAACAAAUUGAAGAUCAAAAUCUUAGAGAAUCUAAAAUAGCAGAUAAUAAAUACCAGAAAAUUAUAAGUGACUUACAAGCAAGACUAGAGAAAUGCGAUAUGGAGCCAAAAGUUAAUGAUUUUCUACAUAAUCUUUCCAAGAUGUUGCAUAAUGAUUUCCAAUCAAUGGACGAAGUACAAAGAUUUCUAUCACAACACGAAGACAAAUACCAAAAGGAGCUCGAAAAUAUGGCUCAACAGUGUGAUAAACGUAUACAAGAACUUUCAAAUAAAAUUGAUAACUUGAAAAUGAAAAACAAAAUACUCAUUGAUGAGAAAAACGAAGAUAAAACAGAUAUAGAUAACUUCAAGAAGAUGAUUAAAGAAUUAAGGCAACAACUGAAAAAAACCGAUUUAAUUUGUACACAAAGACUCACAGAUUCAGACCAAGAGCUCUACAAGUCACAACAAACUAUUGUUAAUCUUCAGGGCCAAAUCAAUAACUUAGAAAACACUAAUUCAAGGCUAAGAGCUCAAGUUUCUGAAGCCGAAAACAGAUUUAACAUUGCGAACCAGAAAUCAGAUAAUUUCGAAGCGCAAAUAAAGAAACUGAUCAAGCAGAACAGUGAAGAUGCAGAAGCAAGAAUAGAAGAACAAAAGAAAAGCGAGAAAGCUCAUUUAUCAGAGAUAAAUCGUUUGUCAAAUGAACUCAAGAAAGCUCGAGAAGAAAAAUCACAAAUUGAACAAGAAUUCAGAUAUUUCGCUGACAAAGCCAAGUCAGCACUUGACCAAAGGGCUGCUCUUAAAGAUAAACUUAGGCAAGCAACAGAACACACUCAAGAAAUAGAAAACAAGCUUGUUCAAGUUUCUUCGGAUCUUUCAAAAUCUGAAUUAGAAAAACACGCUUUGGAAGCAAAAAUUAGUGAUAUUUCAAUGAAACAAUCUGCUUCUUCUGCAUCUAAUGUAUCUUCACAACAGAUACAACAAACUAAUGAUACAAAUAAAACAGUUCAUGAUGAACUUUGUAAAACUUUUGAAGAAGUAAUAAAUUCUCUCAAAAGUGAGUUAGUAGCCAUUACUAAAUCCAGGGAUAAACUUGCGAAAUUACUUAUUAAACAAGACAAUGUGAUGAAACGUCUUGAAAAAACUAAGUCAAAAGGCGAAAAAAUUUCAGAUGAUGACAUAAUUGAAAAAAUUUGGGACAUUAUCAAAGAUGAGAUAAGCAAUGAUGAAGCUAAGAAACAUGAAAUCACAUUGUCAUCUAAGAAAGUAUCAUUUGUCUCUAAAAUCAAAUACAUUUUUUAUGAGAUUUCUAAAACUCACUCUUCCACAAUCGGAAAUGAAAUCCUUGCAUGGAUAGAGUCAUUAAAGAGGUUCUCUACUAAUCAGGAGACCAUUUCCGCUGUCAAUAGGUUCCUAGAAAAGAAUACACAAUUCAAAGAAAAUAAUUUGUCACUUAGACAAACAUUGGAAUCAAUUUCGAAUGAAAACAUUGCAUCAUAUAAUGCUCUAAGACUUAUUUCGUUUAUGCACUCUAUCUGCGAACAGCAACAACUUGAAUUGGAUAAUACUGAUAGUUACAAACAAAAUUAUCCAAGAUUACUUGAGAAAAUGACAAAUCUCAAAGGAAGAUAUGAAAAAGUGAGGACAUUGGCUAAGUCACUUAGAGAUGAACUAUCAAUCCGAUUGGAAUAUGAAGAGAAACUCGAAGAAGAAGCAAAGCAAAUGAGGUCUAGGAUCGAAAAACUGGUUAGACCUUCUAAGUGA